UGAAGGCCUCGGUCCCUAAGGUAAACUCCGCCAUAUUGGAAUUGAUUUGUUUGGUUUUUCACUAAGAACUGAUCUACUAUCAGAAAGAGGUCAGUUUAUACUAUAUAUAUGGAGCUAGACUGCAAUGGAGCUGGGAGAGAUGUGUGGCUUGUGAAGGUCCCCAAGUAUCUAUCUAAUCUGUGGAUGGAGAAGGCCGAUCCUUCUGGUAUCGUUGGGACCCUAAAAAUCAACAAGAAUCCUCAAAAGAAUGAGAUCAUAUACAGACUUGCCGAGCCUAUAGCUGUUGGUGAAGACUCAAGCGAAGCAAAGGUCCCUCGAGACUUUAAGCUGUUGAUGUCAAAAGUAGAGCAACCACUUGUCGUGUUAUCAGAAGGUCCUUCAGGUGCUGAAGAUGAAGAAAUGACAGAGAAACUUGCAGUUGAAGGAAGGGUUGUUCAGAGAGCGGAUUGUCGACCUUUGAAUCCAAGUAAUGACUAUUUUCUUCAUAAAAGAAAAUCAAUACAGGUGGCCAGUAAGCCGGCAAGACAGGCUCAGCAGCUGAAAAAGAUUGUUACCAAUGCCUACAAGCCAGUAUCUGACCAUAAGAUGAAUAUUGAGUACAAGAAGAAGAAGAAGGACGAAGGGAAGAGGGCUCGGGCCACAGAAGAAGACGUUAAAGCGUCUCUCUUCAGUGCAUUUGAACAGCACCAGUAUUAUAAUCUUAAGGACUUGGUCCACAAAACUCAGCAACCAAUUGUUUACCUCAAAAGUAUUCUUAAAGAAAUUGCACAAUACAACACCAAAAAUCCACACAAAAACAUGUGGGAGCUGAAACCAGAGUAUAGACAUUAUGGCAAGAAUACAGAGGAUAAAGACAGCAGCUGAUAAUGCCCCAGCUUUUGACAUCAACACAGACUAUAAAAGUUAGAACACAUCCAUCAAUUCUUUGUGUUCUAGAGGCCCAAGGGUUCAAGGGGAAUAAAUGCAAUGAAAUAAUCAUUUUAACCCCCUCUAAUUGUCAUUUACUUGAAACCUCCACUUGUUAAAAAGAUAGCUCCACCCAAAAGUCCAUCUCAAUAUAUAUGCAAGUGUGCACACAUGUGCACAUUUGAAGUCUGACCAGUAAUACCCUGACACACAGCAAUUAUAUUUUUUCCAUUUUCCACCUAAAUUCUGGCAUAAUUUUGGGCUGAACGAGUUGCUGUUCAUAAAUUAACAUCUAUUUUUACCAAUGUAUGGAAACAUGUUGUAUUUAUUACGCAUAUUCUAUUUUUCAGUCAAUCCAUGUUCAAUUAACACUUUUGUACAUACAAUAUAUUAAAAAAGAAAUGUUCUUCACUGC